AUGGCCGACGUUGAGAUGAGCGAUGCGCCCGUCGCUAAGAAGGGCGAGGGCUCUAGCAGCAAGAGUGUCGAGGGAAAGAAGAAGUUUGAAGUCAAGAAGUGGAAUGCGGUCGCUCUUUGGGCAUGGGACAUCGUUGUUGACAACUGUGCUAUCUGCCGAAACCACAUCAUGGAUCUAUGCAUCGAAUGCCAGGCGAACCAAGCAUCUGCUACCAGCGAAGAGUGCACCGUGGCAUGGGGAAUAUGCAACCAUGCGUUCCACUUUCACUGUAUUUCGAGAUGGCUUAAGGCUCGAUCUGUUUGUCCUUUGGACAACAGAGACUGGGAGUUCCAGAAGUACGGCCGAUAA